UCCAUCAGCCAUCUUAUCAAAAGAAGAUUUCUUUGUUAAUUUUAAAGAUUUCUUCUUUCACUUUCUUGCUUUUUCUUCUUAUUAUAAGUAUUAAAUUUGGAGCUAGGUAAUUAAAAUGGGAAGAUCACCACGUUUAGAUAAAAAGGGUUUGAAGAAAGGACCCUGGACACCUGCUGAAGACCAAAAGCUCUUGGCUUAUGUUGAGGAACAUGGCUAUGGUAGCUGGAGUGAUUUGCCUGUUAGAGCAGGGCUUCAACGAUGUAAAAGGAGUUGUAGACUGAGAUGGAUCAAUUAUUUAAGGCCUAAUAUCAAGAGAGGAAAGUUCAGCUCCGAGGAAGAACGAACCAUCUUUCAACUUCAUGCUCUUCUUGGAAAUAGGUGGUCAACAAUAGCAUCUCACUUGCCAAACAGAAGUGAUAACGAGAUAAAAAACUAUUGGAAUACACGUUUGAAGAAGAGACUAAUCAAUAUGGGCAUUGAUCCCAUGACUCAUCAACCAAAGAGAGAUGGUUCCAAUUAUAAGUCCAUUGCAAGCCUUAGCCACAUGGCUGAAUGGGAGACUGCUAGACUUGAAGCAGAAGCUAGGUCUGUUCGAAAUAGAAGCAGGUACAACAACAAUAAUAAUAAUAAUCCUCAAUGUCCUCAUUAUAAUUUGCAGCAAAUCCCUUGUCUUGACAUACUACAAGCUUGGCAAAUGUCGCGCACAAAACUACCAACUAUAAAGGACAUUAGUGCAAUUCUUCUUGAUGGUUUUCUCACAAACUCAAGGACAAAAAUAUGCAAUUCUCCAACUCCAUCUUCGUUCAAUAUCGAAGAAAAUGUUGAGCUUGGUGAAGACCUUUGCCCAUUUGAAGAUAUAAUAACAAAAGAUAAUGACAUCCAAACAGAAUUUUCCAUCACUGAGGGGUUAGCAGAGCUUUUUCCAGAAUAUGGUUAUAGCCAAAACCCUGGAAACUACUCAAGUGAAGUACAAAUGGACAAUUAUAUGGAUAGCUUCUUUACAAAUUUUGAAGACAACAAGAGUAAUUGGAACAACAUAGCACAUUUGGUCAUGACUUCACCAAUUGGAUCUCCAUUAUUCUAAGUAUUAAGAAUUGUUUUUGAUGAUUGUGUCAUGUUUCAAAGCUUCAC